AAACGGUUAAAUCACGUACGGAAGGUUUGUUUCGCUUAUCUAAAUACGUCAAAGUGUACCUGAUAAAAACUGAAGGGAAGUUAUGAGACUCGAAACUACAUGUUCUUAACAACCGAUUACGAAUUUAACUACACAAACAAAUAAGUAAAAUCUAACUACAGUCUUUUUGCAUAGUAAUUUCUGUGUAUGAUUGAUGCUGUAACAUAUACAUUUGGAUUCUGUAAUGAGUUCUUUAGUGCAGACUUGAUUGAAUGAAAACAGAUUUGGAUAUAUAUCUGGCUAACAGUGGUGUUUCUAAAGACAAUUACAAUGUUUAGUGCAAGGCAGAUUAUAAUCGAAGUGAUAAAAUCUUCAAAACAUUGAACAUUGUAUUCAGUAAGACACCCAAAGUAAUACUAAAAUACCAUGCCGUCGAACGAAAAUCCAAAUUAUAAUUCAUCUCGGAUGCAACGAGCUUAUCGCAUUAAUAACAUUGAAAAUACACGUUUACAGGGAAAACUACAUUUGUUAGAGAAAGAAAAGGUACAUGCUGUUAGAGUGACAAAUCAAGAUAUCCGGCUUAUAUCUCUGACGUUGGAUUAUAUCAAUUCAUGCAGUGGUCAUAGUCCAGAAGGACUUGCGCCUAAGGAAGAAAUGAUAAAAGAAAAAGAGGACGAAGGACCUUUCUUUAUGUAUGGUCAACGAAUAAUUAGUCGUAAAAGGCGACGUAUAAAACGGCCACAAUCAGCGAUGUAUGCUGGUUCAAGACGUCGCAAAUCAGAUAGCGACUUUUCAGCAUCACUUGCUUCCGUACAAAUUCGACCACAGAGCAGUCCUGUGCGCAGAGGACUCAAUGGUCCAAUCAAAGACUCCGACGCUGAGAGUUGUAUUUCAGAUGUAACUUUAAGUAGUUCUUCCGGUAGCACGACUAGUUCUAAACCAGCAUGGAUGGAUCAAACUAAUGCACUCACUAAAAAACUCUUAAAAGCAAAAGAAGGUGUGCCGGUGUUCAAACGCGGUUUACAUGAAAGACAGAGAAAAAUUCGUCGUCAUAGUGCAGGAUUUGAUUUAAGCUCCUUAACUGUACAGUUACAAGCUCUAGAAACUCCAGAUUCUAAUAGGAAAGACAAUUCACAUUCUGGUGGUCUCAGGCGAAAUGCUGGAAUAUCAGAAAUUCUCAAUCAACCUCAGCCGACUUUAUCAGCCAGUGCUUGGAAAAAUCAACUCAUUCAAAAUCGAUUAAGUUCGGCGCCUAUGAGCGUGUCCGCAAAGAGACAAAGCAUCCACGAGCUAAAGGUAAAAAUAAACGAAGGGCGCCAAGAAUUUGUUCAAAACAAAGUAAAAACUUUCAUCAGUCAAAGAACAGAUGAAUGAAAUUAGUAUGUGUUUCUUGCCAAUUUCAGUGAUGAUUAAGUGAAAAUUAACUAUGUUUUUUUCUAGUCAACAACGAAAAUAUCAUAUAACUUAUGCAUUUAUAAAACAAUAUAUUGAAUGAAUAGUAAGAUUUGUUUA